AUGUCAGUACCAGAGAAACCAUCCAACACUGGGUUUGUAGAGCCCCAAUUCGGCUAUAAAGACAUUCAAGUCAAGACUCAUAAGUAUAAAGACAGUCCAACUCCUCUCAGUGGAAAACAAAGUAAAGCUGGGGAAUUUUUCGCUAGUAAGACCGAUAAGGACCAUCAAAAGAAGUAUGCUAAACAGAUUGGAAGAAGAAUUUUCGAUGUUUUGAUCCGUCAAGUAUGUAACUAA